GUUUUACCGGUGGUUAUCUUCUUUAGCUGCGUUAUAAAUGUUUUAUAUUACCUUGGAGCCAUGCAGAUGAUCAUUAGUAAGAUAGGAUGGUUACUAAAGAUGGUCCUAGGAACAACUGCCCCAGAAUCCCUGUGUGCUGCAGCUAAUAUCUUUGUAGGACAUACUGAGGCACCCAUCAUGAUUCGUCCAUUUUUAAAACAAAUAACAAAGUCGGAAUUAAAUGCAGUAAUGACCGGGGGAUUUGCCACAAUUGCUGGAGCAGGGAUUGCAGCUUACAGCUCAUUUGGGGUACCACCAGAACAUUUACUAUGUGCGUCAGUGAUGAACGCACCUGGUGCUCUAGCAGUAUCUAAGUUAUUGUAUCCUGAGACAGAAAAAAGUAAAAUCAGAAACAUAUCUGAUGUAGAUACGGGAGAAAGUAAGGAGAGAAAUAUUAUAGAUGCUGCAGCUGCUGGCGCAUCAGCCUCCAUCAAAUUGGUUGCCAUCAUUGCUGCCAAUCUUAUUAUGAUUUGUUCAUACAUUUUUAUGCCAAUAGCUUAUUUAAUGGGUGUGGAAUGGUCAGAUACAGGUGUUGUGGGAGAAUUGGUUGGAAUCAAAACUUUCUUGAAUGAGUUUAUAGCAUACCAGGAACUUGGAACAUUUAUAAAGAACAGGUCAACCUGUACUGGGGAGUAUCUCUCAAUAAGAUCUCAAGUGAUAGCAACAUAUGCUCUCAGCAGCUUCUCAAAUUUCAGCUGUAUUGGUAUACAGUUGGGAGCUUUAGGAUCGAUGGCUCCUGAGAGGCGUGGCCAUAUAGCUUCUAUUGUGUUAAGAUCACUCUUUGGAGGUGUGGUUACAUGUCUCAUUACCGCCUCUAUUGCUGGUUUGCUGUUGGUUGAUGAACCUGUGGAUUUAUGUAUAGACGGAGCAAACGGUACUGUCAGCAUGAAUGUAACCAUGGCAACUUUGAAUGACGCUUAUUAAAGGCCCAUAUAAACUACUAAAGAGGCCAAACUUCCGAGGGGCAAAUGUCCGGAUACCAUAUAAAACAUAUGGAAUACAAAAUGUCUCUCUCUCGAAUUUAAAUUUAAAUAAAAAUGACUGAGUAACUACUUGUUGCAUAUAUUUCUUUUAAGUGUCAAGAGUUAUAGGUUUUUAUUUCUGCAAGGUAAAAUAUUUUCUAAACGUUAGGAUGUUGGAAAAUUAGGUGAAUGGCAAUGGUAAUGGCAAUAAGGUGUUCCUUCAUACCAUAUCUGAGCCUGACCAGCUGUCAUAACUUGCCAUGUGACAAAACUGUUCAUUCUUUUUACUAAAUUCCAGUGUUUUGAUAAUAAAAAGUCAAAAUUAAAACAGAGUGUACUAUAUCCAAAGGAAGACAGUUCAGCUACUUGAAAUCAUUUGAACAACGGUUAUUGUUACUUCACAUCAGUUUGAUAGAUACAAAUUUCUUGUUUUAAUGUACUUAAGACGUGUGAUUGCCUAAACUCAUUUUCUCGUUGGAAUGUUCAAAUUGAGUGUUUAGACAAAAUUCGUUGUUUUUGUUGGAAUGUUCAAAUUAAGUGAUUACACAAAACUUUUCAGUUAAAUAUUCAGUAACUUUCUAUCAGCAUUAAGCAUUUGAAAUAAGGACUAUUAAUGUGUGAACUCCUCAUUUCAUGAUGUUUGAUGGGCAAGUCAUUACAUUCAUAAGAAUACGUGGCAUACAUGCUUAAGUUAAAAUACAAGUACCUCUAAUUAAAUAAUACUCGAUUUACCUUUUUGUAUGAUUUUAAAAGACAGUAUGAAAAGUGUUCUGUGAUAAGAGUUAAUUUUAUCAUAUUUAAUGUAUUGUUUUUAAGUAUCUUUCUUGUACAUAUAAUGCACAGAAUUUAUUUAGGAUGAAAUUGCUUUUUGUUUUGAAUUGUUUUAACAUUGUGUACAACUGAUAUUUAUUUUGCAUUAUAUUGUAAUAUAUUGUAUUGUUUAAGAAUACUGUGUUUGAAACUGGCAAUAAUUGUUUUUCUUAUGUGUUCAUAAUUUUGUAUUCAUGUCUGAUAUUUUACAGUUGUAUAGAUGAUAUACAUGUGCUUGUAAUUGUGUUCAAUGAUAGUUUUGUGAUAUUCACAUUGUAAAUUGAUUUCUUUAAAGUUGAAUGCCAUCAUAUGAGGCAAAAAAACAAGGAAAAUGUACUAUUGUUUUAAGAAAAGUUGAAAUAUUCAGAAUUCAAGCAAUGAUUUACAUAUAUUGUCCCUUUUGCAAUGCGUUUAUUACUUUCUUUGUUCACUUGACAAUGUUUUUCUUUUUAAUACAAUUUAAACGAAUUCACGAAAAAAUAAGCAUGAAUCUUGAGGUAUUCUGCUUAAAAAUGUGGAAUAACAAUAUUAGCAUGCUUUCGUAUUUGGGACUGCUUCCUUCACAUCCAGCUUUUAAGGUAUCUAUUUCAUGAAACAUCGGCAAAAGUCAGGAAAAAAAACCUAGUUACUGUAUAAAAGUAUUGUUAUGAAAACAUAUGCACACUUGAUUUUUUUAUUUUACGGGUUCCGCAUAAAAAAAUGUUUUUGUUUACACUGUCUUAAUUGUCUUGAGUACAGAUGUAUCAUAUUGGUAAACAUAAAUGAUAUUAAAAUUGCAUUAUAUUAAAGUAUAGUAAGUGUAGUAAGCAAGUCUACAAGAUAUAAUAAGCCACGCCUUUAAUAUCAAAUAUCGUUAUUGUUACUGUGUGUAUGUUUACUUGAUGUUUGGGAGUUUAUGAGUGUAUACUUGGAUGCAACACAUAUAAUAAAAUAUAUAAACCAUC